AUGGCUGCUACUUCCGCCGACGGUACCUGGUUCGACACCCUCAAAAAGUCCUUCGCGGAAGUCCUCAUCGAUGCCGCCAAGGACGACGCUAUCUCCACUGCUGAGUUCCUCGAGGCCGCCGAGUCUCUGGUGACUCUGUUUGACGUCAUCGGCUCCGCAGCCUUCGGUCCCGUCAAGAGCGAUUUGCUGGGCAACAUCAAGAAAGUCAAGGAUCGCAUGCUAGCUGCCCCUGCUGAGUCCCAGACCCUGCAGGAUCUGGUCCUGAACGAAUUGAAGACUGGCAAGCACACUGCCACCGAGGGUCUGGUCUGGCUGGUCCGCGGCCUCGAUUUCACUGCCCAGGCUCUUCGGCACAACCUCGAGAACCCGAAGGAGGAGUUGUCUGCCUCCUUCCGCCAUGCCUACGGCGGUACCCUCAAGCCCCACCACUCCUGGGUGAUCAAGCCGGUGUUCAGCGCUGCCAUGUCCGCAACCCCGUACCGGGCCGACUUCUACAAGAAGCUGGGUAGCGACCAGUCCAAGGUCAACACUUCCAUGGAGAAGGAGGUCGCGGCUCUGGAGAAGGUGGUGGCCAUCCUAAAGACCUUCCAGGCGCGCAAGGACGCCCAGUGGAAGUAA